AUCCUAUGGAACGCUUUCCUUAUCAAUUCUGUGGUACCCAUUUCUGCAGCGCAUGGGCGAAGAAAAGAAAGUGAGGAAUCCUUGCAUCAUCAUCAAGCUUUACUGCUUAGUCUGGAGUUGAACGCCCUGUGAAGAGACAGAUGUGGACAGGAUCUGUCCAGUGUGUGUACAGUCUGUUAUUUGGAUUUUGGGAACCAAUUAAGUUGAGAGGUUCUAGACUAGAUCUAUCUACAGAUGAUCAUCAGACUCAGAGACAGAGACGACAGAUUUAUAACGUUUAGAGCCAAGGCAAUAAGGGACCAAGUUGGGGACCAUGACAUGAAAAUAGGAAUUUGGUUUUGAAUUUUUAUUUGAAAUGAAGUGAAGACAGCUUUUUAUAGAUCUAACGUAGGCCUAUACCAACAAUUUUAGACCUGCAUCUAUUGAUUGAAAUAAAUGUCAGGCAUAAAGUAAACCUCUAUCAAUUAUCAUUAUUAUCAAGUUUAUCAUUUAUAGAAUCCUGAAUUAAAAAUAAACUUAGAACUGAAAGUGUUUUAAUAUUUGUAAAAUAGUCUUUAGAGCUUUGUUUUAUGUUUAGUCAGAGAGCUACGCCACCCACAGACUGAUUUUUAAAAAAGAUUCUACUAAUAUUCAAAAGACGAAAGGUGGUGAUAAUCAGCAUGUCAUCAAUAAAUUUAUGGCCUAGACUAUUUGCGAAAACACUUCCCAUGAAAGCAGUGAACGCUGUUUUUGGUAGACUUGUGAAAGACGUUGCAGCUGGAAAUAAAUCUAAGAAUAUUCAGUUAAAUGCACUCCAAUUCAUCAGAUAUCAUCAUGGAAUAGUCUUUCCACUGAGGAGACCAUGGCAUUCAAUCAGACAGUCGAAAAAUACGAGCAGAACCAUGAGAACUGUGCACUGUCUCUACUAUCAGAAUCCAUUACACUUGGCCGGGAGAUCUACAUCAGUAUUGGCUGAUAGGUGCUCAAAAGGUCUACGGUUUAAAUCUUCUGAUGCCUGGUUGGAGAAACCUGUCGUAUUCAGGACAACCUCUCCAACCUCCUCCACCAUCAAAGAAAAAGGAGAGAGGAAUAGUAGGAAGGUGUCCAAGGUGCCACGCCCAAGAACCAAGAAACCAUCAAGGUUCGACAAAGCAGCAGAGAGGUAUGCUUAUCUAUGUACUGCAUUUACGACAGCAGAAGAAUACAAUUUGGAACAUCUGAGUUACGACCUGCAGAUACAGAACAACAAGUUUGUUCUUGCUGAAAUGCCUCAAGAUGCCCAUGACAUCCUUCAUGUGCAGUUAUCAGAUGACUACUACAAGGGGCAGGAGGUUGAUGAGCCGGGUGAGAUGUUCUUCUUCAGGGAAGGAUCAGUUGUCUUCUGGAAUGUUCCAGAUCCAGAGAUCAAACUAGUAAUGAGGAUUGUGGGCCGUCAUCAACACCAACCCUAUGAGGUAGCACUGGUAAACUGGGAGAAUGAACAAAUGAACUUUGGUUAUCAUGAUUCAGCCACCAGUCUUGUGAGGGGAGACAUACAGUUAGAUAGCUCAAGGUCAACAACUGAGACAGCGUUAGAGAAGUUUGCCUUCUCCAAUGCCAUGGCAUUAUCAGUAAAGCUGGCUAUUUGGGAAUACUCUCUGGAUCAGUUUGUGGCUUCCAUCGAAAACAUUCCUGAUAACAUGAAGCUUGGCAAGGGGGUUAAGCUGUCUCGUGAAGAAGUAAUGAAGAAGACUGGUGAGCUCUUUGGUCUUCGUCAUCGUAUCAACCUCUCCUCUGAUCUCCUGAUCUCACCAGACUUCUACUGGGAUAGGGAAGAACUUGAACUUAUCUACAACAAGAUGUGCCAGUUCCUCAGUAUAUCAAGGAGAACAAAUGUAAUGAAUGAAAAGUUGAACCAUUGCACAGAGUUGGUAGAUUUAAUGAGAUCCCAUCUAGAAGAUAGACACUCACAUCGAUUAGAAUGGAUGAUCAUAGUUCUUAUCAUGGUUGAGGUUGCUUUUGAAGUCAUUCACUACAUCAGGCAGUAUAAGGCAGAUCAUGCAGAAAGUGAAGCAAGCCCAUCACAAUAACACACACACUCAUGGAAAGUAAAUUAGCCUUUAUAUCAAUCUAUGAAUAUUAUUUCAGGGAAUAUUUGCCAAGAAUAUUGUUUUGUUUUCAAUACUUGUUAAGGGUAGGGUUUCACACGCCAAUACUUGUUAAGGGGUGCAUUUUCGGAAUAUGGAAAUUACGUGUUUAGGGUGAUUUUCGAGACCCCAUGGUCUUUUGAAGUCAUUCACUACAUCAGGCAGUAUAAGGCAGAUCAUGCAGAAAGUGAAGCAAGCCCAUCACAAUAACACACACACUCAUGGAAAGUAAAUUAGCCUUUAUAUCAAUCUAUGAAUAGUAUGAAUGGCCAUUUGACUCUCCUGGAAGCAAUAGCUCAUAUUCUGAAUGGGGAUUAAUUCAAACUGGUCUAAAGUUGUGGUUUAACUAUGGUUAGUCUAUUGUAUUUAACUACAUGUAUGGAUAGACAAUUGUCUGACAAUGAAGGUUCUAUCUAUCAGCUCACUUGUAAAUUUACUGGAAUUAUUGAUUUAACUAGUUCUUCCAUCUUUAAUUAUAAGAAAAAGGCAAGAGUGUUAUAGUUUACUUCCUGUAAUUUUUAGUAAACUGGAUUUCAGAAUACAGGCCAAAGUGUUAAAUGACAGUAACCUAUUGGUUUUUCCCCAUCUUUUCUAAUGCAUGUUCAGUUUGAACUCAUAUUGUAUAAUCCAUUCAUCUACCACCAGUUUGACCAAUAACCCUUUUUUGUCACUGAGCUAUUUACCUUUUUCGUCUAAUUUUACAAUAAUGCAUAGGCCUUAUUUUGCCUUGUACACAUAUAAUCUAAAACCACUCAGUCUACCUGACAAAAUGUGAUGUUAAAGUAAAACUUCAGUUCUGGUCAUGAGAGUGAAUUAUGGAAGAAACUGGACCAAAGUGAUUGGGAAUAUUGAUAAUAAUGCUCUGAAUAGUAUAAAUACUAUAAGAUUGAGGAAUCACCAAAUUUAUAUAAGACACUGACUUGGGUUAACUGAGAGUUACACACAAAAAUCCAUGAAUUGGACUACACACAGUAUUUGGGCUAGAAAAUGUCAGGGGUUUUUAGUCAUGGCUAAAUUGUAAGGGCAUGUGGGAAGCAAUCUUUUGCAAUGAACUUGUUUCUCAAUAAAUUCUAAAUAACAUGACAAGAUUUUGGAAACUCAAUUUACAAAAUGUGUGCCUUUCAAAGUUUUUAAUGUUUUUGAUUUCAUUGUUUUUCAUUUAACAUUUUUUUACUACAUAGGUUUAAAUUUGGUGCUUGAUAUGCUACUUUGCAUAUUUCUAUCAAUACUUUUUACCUUGCCAUAAUUUGUUUUAUAUUUUGAAGAUAUAUAUUCAGUCAUUCCUUGUGCAACUUUAAAGCACUUUUGACAGUUAGUGAUAUUUCAUAAAAACUUAUUUAAUUAUACUUUGCAUAUACCACAUUUCCUUCUAUUAUGUAUGAUAAUUGUUACAUAUUUACCAGCUAAAUUCCUGUGGUAUUCAGUGUAACGAAUCUGAUAAUUCAACUUGAAACAGGUUAAGUACAGAACACGCCCGAUAGUGUACUUGUAUCAAAUAGAAAAAAAAAGUAAUGUAAUGAAUAUUGCAUAAAACUUUUUGUUAAGUACCUGGAUGGAUAUAAAUAACUCUAUUAAUUUAUUAGGAAUAUUAGGUUUAUAAUUGCAAAUGCUUAAAUUUGGCUGCAUGAUGUCAAGAAUCCAUGUAGUUUUUAUUUACCAAGUAAUGAUUAAAGGACAAGUCCACCCCAACAAAAACUUGACUCAAAUAAAAAGAGAAAAAUUCAACAAGCAUAACACUGAAAAUUUCAUCAAAAUCGGAUGUAAAAUAAGAAAGUUAUGACAUUUUGAAGUUUCGCUUCAUUUCACAAAAGAGUUAUAUGCACAUCCGGUCGGUAUGCAAAUGAGGGAACUGAUGACAUCACUCACUCACUUUUUCUUUUGUAUUUUAUUAUAUGAAUUAUGAAAUAUUUUUAUUUUCUCGUCAUUGUCAUGUGAACUGAAGUUUCAUUCCUCCCUGAAUACGUGGAAUUCCAUUAUUUUAACAUUUUGUGGUUCAGGCAAGGCGGUCCUAAUCAUCAAAUUCGUAAGAAUUGAAAUAUUGUAUAAUUCAAACAAUAAAAAACAAAAGAAAUAGUGAGUGAGUGACAUCAUCGACUCUCUAAGUUGGAUGUAACUGGCUCGUUCAUAUAACUAUUUUGUUAAAAAUAAGCGAAACUUUUAAAUGUCAUAACUUUCUUAUUUUACAUCCGAUUUUGAUGAAAUUUUCAGCAUUGUGCUUGUCUGAUUUUUCUCUAUUGAUUCAAAUCAACAUUUUGUUGGGGUGGACUUGACCUUUAAUGUACUGUAUGCAACUCACAUUCAGAUUAUUGAAAUACAGUUGCAUGGAUAUAAAAACAUGAAUCUCUGAUUUCUUGUUAAAUGUCCACUUGAUUUAAGAUUUUUUUUUGUUAAAGAAAGUUAUGGAUCCAUACUUAAUCACAGGGAUGCAUUUUACAUGGCAUACAAGAAGGCUUUUAUGCUAUGAUGAGAACUUGAAGAUGUUUAAGAACAGCAGUCAUCUUUACUGCAUUUUGUAUGCUUUCAUUUUUACGAAGUUUGUGUAUUUUGUUUUGAAUAGUCCAUAUUUAUUAUGAGGGUGAUUGGUAUAAAGCUGAUUCUUGCUUUUGUUGAAUCUGGUAUUGGGAAUUAGAGCUUUUGUAUUCUGGAACCAUAUAAGAUGUGCAUGUCUUUAAUUAUGAGACAAGAUUAUUUGAAUUGUUUUGAGAUGGUUUACACUUAAUGCUCACACUCUAUAUGUUACAUU